AUGGCAGAUGAAAGCUUUAAGAAGGAGUUUCUGGAGACCCACAACAAGUACAGAAGAAAACAUCAAGCCCCAGAUCUGACACUGAGCGAUACGCUGUGUGCUUCAGCUCAACUGUGGGCAGAUCAUAUUUUCAGUAAGAAGCGCAUGGAACACAGUGACACAGACAACGGAGAAAAUAUAUUUUAUGCUUUCAGCUCCGAACCAAAGAAACCGACAGGUAAAAAGCCUGUAGACACCUGGUAUAGCGAGAUUAAAGAUUACAACUUCGAAAAAUCAGGAUAUCAACCCAAGACAGGACACUUUACCCAAGUUGUGUGGAAAUCAACUAAAGAAGUCGGAGUAGGACUGGCUACUGAUGGACGCACAGUUUAUGUUGUUGGUCAAUACAGUCCUUCUGGGAACAUAACCAACCCUGGAUACUAUGAGGAAAAUGUUCGAUGUGCAUCUGAAUAAGUCUUUACUUGUUCUCUUUUCAUUGCAUUCACAUUUGCUCGAAGAUAUAAUACACUGUGAAAUGUAUUCUACUAAUCUAUACAACAAUCUUUAAAUAAGGAUCUGUAUA